CCAGCAGCCCUGGGGACUGGGGCUGGAGCAGCGGGCGGCUCGCUGGUGGUUCCCCUGGGGGGCUUCUGGAGGAGACGCCGAGGCCGCUCUGCAGGGACGUCAUGCAGGAGAAUGACAAGACCUUGAUCUCGCUGGCAGGUUCCAGGACCAAGAAUAAGAAUCCCCAGCAAGAAGAGCCUGCUGGGGCGGAACUGCAAGGGAUGCCCCAGAGCCCUGAGCAGGGAGCUGCUGGCCAAAACCAGGGAAGGGGAGGACAGCAGCAGGGAGAGACAGAGGGAGAACCAACUGAUGAAGAAUGUUCGAAGAAGCUCCUUGGCUUGCAAAGCAUCUGCACAGCAGAGAGACCCUAUAAAUGCCCUGAAUGCGGGAAAAGCUUCACCCAGAGCUCUAUGCUCAUCCGCCACGAGAGAUCCCACACGGGAGAAAAACCCUACACAUGCUCUGUGUGCGGGAAGAGUUUUAGUCAGAGGUCCAAUAACAUGCAGCAUCAGAGGAUCCACACAGGGGAGCGACCCUAUAAAUGCACUGACUGUGGGAAGAGCUUCUCUCUGAGCUCCCGCCUGCUCCAGCAUCAGAUGGUGCAUACUGGAGAGCGGCCUUACAAAUGCCCUGACUGUGGGAAGAGCUUCAACCAGAAGUCGAACCUGAAGCAGCACCAGAGAAUCCACACAGGGGAGCGACCGUACCGACGCCCUGACUAUGGAGAAAGCCACUCUCUGAGCCCACCCCAGGGGAUCCAUAAAGUAGAGAGACCCUAUAAGUGUCCCCAGUGUGGAAAAUGCUUCCGUGUGAGCUCGCACCUUAUUAGACACCAAGUCACCCACACAGGAGAGCGACCCUAUAAAUGCUCCAUCUGCGGAAGAAGCUUCUCCCUGAGCUCUCACCUCAUCCGGCACCGGAUAGUCCACACAGAGGAUAAACCCUACGUCUGCAGUGAGUGUGGGAAGAAGUUUAGCCUGAGCUCCAGGCUCGAUAGGCACCUGAGAACCCACACGGGAGAGAGACCCUAUAAAUGCCCCAAUUGCGGGAGCGGCUUCGUCGACAGCUCCGCUCUUAUUAAGCACCAGAGGAUCCACACCGGGGAACGACCCUAUACCUGCCCUGAAUGUGGGAAGAGCUUUGGUCGGAGCUCGUACCUUAUCACCCAUCAGAGAACCCAUACGGGAGAGAGACCCUAUAAAUGCCCCGACUGCGGGAAAAGCUUUGUCGGCAGCUCUGAUCUUAAUAAACACCAGCGCACCCACACGGGAGAGCGCCCCUAUAACUGCCCUGAAUGUGGGAAGAGCUUCAGCCGGAGCUCAAACCUCAUUGCCCAUCAGAGAAUCCACGCACGUUCCUUUACUCCUGCUCAGGGAUGUGGUUAGGAAGAUUUUGAAUGUUGGCAUUAAACAUUUUGGGGGGUUUAUUUAUUUGA